UCACCGGAGAAUCUCGUACGGGGAGCGUACUCAAGGUUCUCUACACGGGAAAUAGUCUUCUUCCUCCGCGUUCGGAAUCUCCCCAUCUCGGGCACGACCGCUGAGCUCGUCUCUCGGCUUGUGAACCACGAUCUCCACACAUAUCACUUCCCCCGCGCCCGCUCCUCGUCUCCCCCGCUCACCAGCUGCCCGUCAUCCACCUCUCUCUCGCUUUCCGCCCCACAUGUGCUCCCCAAUCUGCCAGUUGAGCUCAUCGCCGAGAUCACCGACACCUUAGGAGACUGGGAGCUCGCUCGUGCCCUCGGUCUUCCCACUUCCCUCCCUACCCCGCCCGAAUGGGUGAACGCUUCUCCAUCUGCAAUCGCCCUCCUUCCCGGCUCCCUCUCCCUUCUCCGCUCACCACACGUAUCCCUCCAGGACCUCGAGAAAGACCCGCCAAGCCCAAGCGCGUCCGCUGCAGCCUCAGCCGUCGUGCGCUUCGGCCACGUCCACGUCCUCGACUACCUCCUCGCGCACCAGCGCCGCGUCUUCGCCGUCCUCUUCAAGCCCAAGCCCUCCAGCAGCGACGGCGACACCAUCCCCACCGUCGCCUCCACCCACGGCCGCACCGCCAUCCUCGCAUGGUACAAGCACGCGUUCACCGCGCACCCCGAGCUCGUCCCGCCCCCCGCGCGCAGCGCGAUCGAGGCCGCGAUCGACGGCGCCUCGCGCGGCGGGAGCGUCGCCGCGCUCGACUGGUGGGCGGGCUCGGCCGGGACCGCGUUCGCGUACACGGAGAGCGCGCUCGAGCACGCGAGCGCCAAGGGCCACAUCGCCGUGCUCGAGUGGUGGCGCGCCGCGCACCUCGCGGACCCCGAGGGCGUGCCGCUCCUCGUUGGGCGCGCGCUCGAUGCGGCGUCGAGCGCGGGGCAGGUGGCGGUGCUCGCGUGGUGGGCGGCGUCGAGGCUGUCGUACAACUAUGAUCGGCUGAGCAUGUUGCAUGCGAGUGUGGCGGGGAGGCUGGAUGUGUUGGAUUGGUGGUUGGCGAGUGGGCUGCAGGUGAUGUAUGAUGGGGAUGUGCUUGUUGGUGCGACGAGGCACGAUCGGGCGGACGUGCUGGAGUGGUGGGCGAGGAGCGGGCUGAGGGUCGAGUGGCGGAUGUGUGAUAUCGAGGAGGCACUUGAGGACGCGAUUGGUGGAGGAGAGGGGGCGAGAGCGUGGUGGAGAGCGAGAGGUGUCGACUUCAGGGCUGAGGAUAGGGAGUGGAUGAAGGUUCAGACGCUGAACUGA